CCCAAAGCCUGGACUGAGAUCUGUUAAAGCCGGGUUACAGACGCCGGCCCGGCCGCAUAAUCACCACCUUUCUGGAAGGAGACCACAGUGGCAGCUCCUGCGGGUUACCGGCUCCUCUCUUCUGACCUGUAAUGGGUCUGUUUUCUGGGAAUAAAAACGAGCACACAGGCUUAAUCCUGGGUAAACAACCAUCUUGGCUGAGUCUUUCAGAAAGCUUCAAACUGACUCUUGAAAACGGACAAAUGGAGCAAGUGUGUGCUGUAGGAGAGUCACCAGAAAAAAUGACCACCAGCUCCACAACCAACCGAAAGGAGGGUGAGGAAAAUAAUCCAGGAAGCAGCCUACUGUUAAAACCGGACAGCAGUAACGAGGCUGUCUGCAGUGAUGGCACAGAGAAUCAACCAGAAGAAGAAGACAACAACAAACUGUCUCUGAUCUCCUGGAAUGUGGAUGGACUUGAUGAAGAGGAGCAGCCAGAGAGAGCAAGAGGCCUCUGCUCUUACUUAACCUCACACUCUCCUGACGUGGUGCUUCUUCAGGAGCUCAUCCAACCAUACACCCGCUUCAUGAAGAAACGUCUAGCGGCCAACUACACUUUCAUCGAAGGUGGUAAGGGGGAUUACUUCAUCGGGAUGAUGCUGAAGAAGUCUCGAAUCACCCUGCUGGACAGUGAAAUAGUCGCCUAUCCGACCACUAACAUGAUGAGGAACCUGCUUGUCGCUCAGGUGCUGUUCAAAGGCCACAAGCUUUGUCUCAUGACGUCCCACUUUGAGAGCUGUAAGGCCAAUGCAGGAGAGCGGAUGAGACAGCUGCGACUGGUGAUGAAGAUGAUGGCAGAGACGCCGGAUGAUGUCACCGUUCUGUUUGGAGGAGACACCAACCUGAGGGAUGCUGAGGUGGCUAAAGUGGGCCUUCCUGGCUGCAUCUGUGAUGUGUGGGAGCAGCUGGGAGAGCCGGAGCAUUGCCACUACACAUGGGACACCCAUGCCAACACCAACAAGGAUCAUCGGUUCAAGAGUCGCUUCCGCUUCGACCGGCUCUACCUGCGUCGGGCCGCCACAGCUGGGCUCCCACAGCUGGAGCCUGACAGCAUGGCCUUGAUAGGGCUGGAGAAGCUCAAGUGUGGCUGCUACACCAGCGAUCACUGGGGGGUCCACUGCACAUUCUCUGCUCAGUAGAAAUGCACAAAUAUAGUGUCCUACGUCCUCAAAUAAUUUCUCUCUUUUCUAUAUUUGUGCCUCAGCAGUGGGGGGAUUGAUGUUUUUCAGUUGGGCUCAGACUUCAGUGAGGUUCCUCUCUGAAAAAUGCUCUCCUGGCUUCAUCCAAGUUAGUUUAUUAGUGGUUGUGUCAUGAUCUGAUGCCUGCCUCCUCUGCUUAUCUGGGUUGUUUAUUGUUAUAUUCUUGUACUUUGGAAUUGAUUUUGAAUUGCAUCAAAUUAUGUUCAGUUGCAUGCGCCUUUUUAUGUGUUAUGUUUUAUGUGCUGCAUUUGUUGAAUGAAGUGAAGAUGAGAUGAGGUUCAGACAGGUAAAACACACAGGGAUCAUUCUGUGCCUGGGAAAUAAACUGGUUUCCUUUCCUAUCUGUUCAGUAUAAAUGUCAGUAUACUCUGCAUUUGGAGUUGAGUUUACUCACAAAUGUUAGUGUACAUAUUGUUGAUUAUACUGUUGAUUGUACUAUUGUUCCACAAUGUAGUGCACAAAGGAAGUAGAGGAGCAACUCACAGCAGCUAAACACUAAAACAGAGUGUGGAUGAUUAAACAAACCUUUUUAUAACGGUACCUAUAUGGCAGUGCAAUAUAACCAAGAUGUAACAUGUUGACUGUAUGACAUACUCUUAUGUCAUGUCAACCAUUAGAAUAAAAACAAAGCUGCAAAGUUUCAUUUUGUCAAUAAUUAAAGAAAUAAAAACAAAUUAAAUUUAAAUUGUGCACAAA